AUGCACCCUUGCCUCUGCUGCGGCUACCGCACUCUGCCUGACCCACCGCCGGGUACCUACGCCCUCUGUCCGGUCUGCUUCUGGGAGGACGAUGGGUUCCAGGCUGCCAACGUCCACGAGGCCGGCGCCAACUCGGUCUCGCUCGCCGCCGCCCGCGCCAACUAUGCCACCCACGGCACCUGCGAUGAGACUGCUGUCGCACACGUCCGCCCGCCCACCGCCGCAGAUGGCCCGCGCGUCAUACACCCGCCACUUUAG